AUGGCGUUGGUGCCGCUGGCACAGGCAACGCUGGACCUGGGCGGAAUCCUGGACGACCGCCGGUUUUACCUGGUGAAUGCCCAGGGCCGUCUGCUGACGCGCCGGCAGGUGGGCAAACUCGCGCAGUUGGUGACGUCAUGGGAUCCGAAAGCGGAGCGGUUGCGCAUAGAUUUCCCGGACGGCACGACGCUGGAAGGGAGACCGGAGCUGGACCGGCAGGUGUGGACGAUCGUGUGGGGCCGACGGGUUCGCGCACGGGCGCUGAUGGGCGAUUGGAUGCAAGCCAUCAGCGAGUUCUCCGGCCAGCCGGCCACGCUGAUGAUGUCGGACCUGCCGUGCCAGGUGUUCGACGAGUUUCCGGUUUCGAUCCUGUCCCGGGCGUCGGUGGAGCACCUGUCCGGCGAAAUGGGGAUGUCCCAGGACCAAUGCCUGGCCACGGACCGGUUCCGACCGACCCUGCUGCUGGACGGCUGUGAGCAGCACCAGGAGGACGGUUGGAUGAACCGCACCCUGUCUAUCGGCGAUGCCAUCGUGCGCGUCCUGGCGCCCGACCCACGGUGCGCCAUAGUCGACCAGGAUCCCGACACCGGCGAAACCGAUACCGAAGUGGUGAGAUCGAUACUUGGCUACCGUCCCAACCCCGCGGCCGCAUACUUUGGCGUGUACGGCAUUGUCGAGAAGCCCGGCGUAGUGCACGUCGGUAAUGAGGUGAGCGUUGGUUAG